AUGAAGAGGAAGAAAUGGUCGGAACUGGAAGAGCAGACGCUGCUGACCAAGUACAACGAUCUCCUCGCUUCGGGCAGUCUCUCCAAGCUCAAAACCCGCGAGAAGAAGUUUCGACCAAUCGCCGACCACGUCAACGCCGUCCACCAUCUCCACGACCCCGCCGCCUUCCCCUUUAAGUGGUCCUGGCGGGACGUCUCCAUCAAAGUCCAGAACAUGCGGCACCAGUACCUGGGCGUGAAGCAGAAGAUUCGAAUCUCCAGCGACGAGUUCAACUGGAAGGACGGCGAGAAUCACUGGGAGAACUUCCUCAAGUACAAGGAAGUCUUCGGGGACGUGGAGCUGGAAGUUAAAGGUAAGAAGUUCUUGAGCGACAGCUGUAGCAGUGAUUUGUUUAGGGAUUGUGGGGAUUUAGGGUUAGGGAUUGAUAGUGAGGAUUUGGAGGAUGACGAAGAAGAGGAGGAGGAGGAGGAAGAUGGGGAAUUGAAAGAAGGGGAUAGUUGUGAUGAUGAUGAUGACGACCAGAAUUUGAAACAAGGGAAUCCUGGGGAUGAUUGUAAUGGUGCUGGUGGAGUUGGGGAGGAUCAAGAUGUUGAAUUUGUGAGAGGAGAGAAGGUUACUAAUUGCGGCCAUGGCGGCGACAGGAAAGGGAAGUUGAAGGGGGUUAGCAAGAGAUUGGGAUUGCUAGGAGCACAAGUGGUAGAUUUGAGAGAUGUUGUGGUGAGGAGAGAGGAGAAGAGGAGGGAAAGGGAGUUUGAUCACGAAAACGGUGCAUUCGAAUGGAGGGGGGAUUGGCAGGAGGAGAAGGAAGAGAAGCUAGAGAAGUGGGAAAUGGAGCUGGAAGAGAGGGAGCUGGGUUGGGGCAGGAAGGAAUUUGAGAGGAGGUUGAGGGUGGAGAGAGAUCUGGAAGAGAAGAGGAGACAGAUGAGGGCAAUGGAGGAGAAGAGGGAAGAGGAAGAGAUGGAGUGGAGGGAGAGGGUUUUGAGGCUGCAGAUCGAACACGAGAAGACGAUUAUGCAGGUUCAUGCCGAGGCAUGCCACAACCAGAUGCAGAUUCUGGGAGUGAUGGCUCGGCUUGUUUGUCAGUUUUACGGGUCAGCUGCGGAUGGGUUGGGUGGUGGUUUGGGGGGAUUGCCCUCUCAGGUCUUGCAGAAUUUGCAGCACCCUGGAGGGUUGGGUGACAAUGGGAAGCCUGAUUCCAGUUCUCCUUCUGAAUUCCUCUAA